AUGGAGGAGUCCGCUCAAUCUAGAAGACAGGCUACCAUACAAAGGAUUGCCUUGUUUUUCUCAAAUUCUCAAUGCGUGGAUCUAACUAAGUUCAUGAAAGAAUGGUUCAAUGUGAAUCAAAUGUAUCACAGAGAUCUAUUUGUGAUUCAAAAACAAACAGAACUGUGUGAUAAGUUUAAAACAAAAGAAGCUCGGUUUUUGAGAAGAAAUGACCACAUGAAGCAGUUGCUGGGACGUUAUAAAAGCCAGAGAAAGGAGUGUACGGAAGAAGCUCGUGCUGAUUUUGAAACACACUUGAUAGAUCAUGCAAAGUUUGAUUCAGACCACGAUGAUGUAGUAGGGGUAGCAAAAACAGCAGACGAGCUGAUCUUUGGAGCCAGUCAGAAGGACUGGUUAUUAGAAGCCUAUCAGUAUUUCUGUUUGCGAGUUGAGCAAGGUAUCAUCACCAUUCGUGAGAGACUUGUGGAGUACAAGACCAAACUUGUGGAGCUUGUGGAGGAGCAUGCAAAGAUUGUGCCAUCGUGGAGAAGCAUGGAGAGUCAUUAUAGGUGUAUAGGAGAGUUAAAGGAAAAGCAAGGCAAAUUUACUCUUCCGUAUGCGAAAUGGACAGAGGAGAAAUGGAGGCAAGCUUAUGACAGGAAGUGGAGAGAUGAGGAAGCUCAAGCGGAGGCAUUUGAGAUGUUAGAAUUAUUGGGAAAGGCUCCGAAGACUAAGGACGUGGCAACCCAGACGGAACAUUUCGAUAUUAUGAUGUGGGUGGGAUUGUAG